CAUAUUCAAAAUGGUGUCCUCAGUUGUAUUCUCUGUGGUAGCAGCGGUGCUGAUCCAGACUGUUUACGGACAAUGUGGAAGCAGCUACGUCCCCCAAUUGCCUGUGGCCCCCAUCUCGACCGGAGGCUGCGGCUGCGGCGGAAACGGUGUCAACUACGCACCAGUAGUGUCAGCCGGCUGCGGAAACAACGUCGCCCUGUCCAACGGCUAUGGUUCCAACCUCAUCGGACAGAACGCAUACUCCUCUGGCCUGUCAAGCAGCAUUUCCUACCCAGAAUCCGUUCUGUCCAUCUCCAGUGGCUCCUACACCACCCCUAACGGCCUCCAAAUCGUGGCUGAAAAUCUGGAGAUCGGUGGAACCGUUGGCGUGUACGGAGCUAUGCCCUUCGUUGGAGCAGUCACCUUGAACGGAGCCGCACCUACCGCUGGCCAGGCUAUCGUGUCCUACAACUCUGCCCCUGGUGUUGGUAUUUCUGAAUCUGGAUGCGGUUUGGGUCUGGCCGGAAACGGUUACGGUUCUUCGGUCGGAAACAAUGUCGGCAUUAUUGGAAACGGAUACGGCAUCGGAAACGGUGUCGGCCUCGGAAACGGUAUCGGCUGCGGAAACAGCUACUUGGGAGGAAACAGUGGACUUAUCCGCAACAAUGUAGUCGCUUCUAACGCUGGCUACCAGAUUGGUGGUUGUGGGUGUCAGUAAACACGUGAUGAUACACCUCGAUCCUCGAUAUCUGAUUAUAGUGUGUGUUAAACUGAUAAUGAUGCAAAAUAAACAUUUUAUUA